AUUCGUUGCUGGGUGGGUUCGGCCAAGAGAGCCUCUGACCUGCGAAAUUCUAGAAGCAUUUGGCUCUUCUUCUAGAUAACGUUGCAGCGGGCCACAAGACACCUCGGUCGGUCAGGUGCAGGUGGCUCAAUGGCACUUGUUCAACAUUUCUGUGUAGGAAAGCCGGUGGGGCUUUUGUCACACCCCUGGAUGGGGUCCCAGAGAUUUAGAAGAAUGAAUGAACGCUGGCACCAUAAAAAGGGCGGCCGGUUUCCAGUGUUAGGCGCCCUUUGUUGUUAUGAGGUAAUCUGCUUGUAAUACGCCUUGUUUUUGUUGCCACCAUCUCAGGUAACGCCACUAAGAUCCGCUGCUCCCCAGGUGUUGGAUUUCUUCCUUGCAAGGGUAACCGUAUCUCGUGCCCCCGCUCCCUGCUUGAGAUCAUCAUUUAUUCAACAAGCUGGCAGGUAGGCCCUGACAAGACAGGACGGCAUCGCAGCGCUGGCUGGCAUCUGGCAACCGAGGCCGAUGCAGAACGGACCGUCACUCAUGAGCCCCCAGGUGCAGGGACAGCACAGGUCAGGGGACGGGCUGGCUCCCCAGGCGGCCCCAGCUCCCAGCCCCAGGCCCCGACUGGUCUUUCACACACAGCUGGCUCAUGGGAGUCCCACCGGACGCAUCGAAGGCUUCACCAACGUCAAGGAGCUCUACGCCAGGAUCGCCGAGGUGUUCGAAAUCUCGCCGGCUGAGAUCCUCUUUUGUACUCUGAAUUCCCACAAAGUGGACAUGCAGAAGCUGUUAGGGGGCCAGAUUGGUCUGGAGGACUUCAUCUUCGCCCAUGUCAGAGGACAGACCAAGGAAGUGGAGGUGACAAAGAGCGAGGACGCCCUGGGAUUGACCAUCACAGACAACGGCGCCGGCUACGCCUUCAUUAAGCGGAUCAAGGAGGGCAGCGUCAUAGAUCGGCUGAAGACAGUGUGUGUGGGCGAUCACAUCGAGGCCAUCAACGACCAGAGCAUCGUCGGCUGCCGCCAUUAUGAGGUCGCCAAGAUGCUUAAGGAACUCCCCAAGGGACAGCCAUUCACCCUGCGCCUGGUGGAACCGAAAAAAGCUUUUGAUAUGAUCGGCCAGAGGACGAAAUCUGCAAAGUUCAGCUGUGAGGCAAAAGUGGCCAGCGGCAGAGAGACGUUACGACUACGGUCAAAGGGGUCGGCCACAGUACAGGAAGCGCCAAAUGAAUUUGAAGAAAGGGCCACAAAGAAAGUGGAUGACCUCCUGGAGAGCUACAUGGGCAUUCGAGACAUUGAGCUUGCAUCCACAAUAGUGGAAGCAGGGAAGGACAAGAAGAACCCAGACGACUUUGCUGUGGCUCUCGACUCCGUCUUGGGCGACUUUGCUUUCCCUGAUGUGUUUCUCUUUGAUGUCUGGGGGGCCAUCGGAGAUGUGAAGACCGGAAGGAUUUAGCAAGGACAACCAGAAGACCCAUGUCUUAAUUGUGUCACCGUGAGAUUUCUUCUACUAUAUUUGUC